AACUGCAUCGUCGUGGCCCAGUUGUAAUUUGAGCAGCGGCACUGGCAAGACGUACAUGGAAGAAAUAUAAUAAGAAACAAAAAGAAUAAGUGAGAAACCCACACACAGAAACAGACGUGCCGCCGAGUGAAAUUUUCAAGACACAAUAUACAGCAGCCCAUAAGAAUAGCAUUUAAAUCAAAUAAAUUCGAAAUAAAAUGGCCCAGCCAUCGGUAGCUGCAUUUUUUAGCAAUCGCAAACGUGCCGCCGUAGAUGAUGCGACGACCAUUAAGAACAGGCGUCUUGCCGAGCCCGCAGAGACAGCUGCUCCACAGAGCAUAGUUCGCUCCAGCUCUCACACAGAUCAGGAUGUGGACAUCGAUGCACUCAAAGGUGGCAUGCGGACACGCUCCGGCCGCAGCGUCAAACUAAUUGGCGUACAGCCAGCCACACCAACGCAAGACAGCAAAAAGAAGACACUCAAGGCCGAGUCGAACAUCAAGCAACCCAAGCUCGUCCAGUUCAUACGCAAGGGUAAUCUCUCGCCGCGCAAGCAACCGCCCCAGCAGCCACAGCAGCAGCCCGAGAUUAGCAAUGAACAGACGCCCAAACUCAAUUUGUCCCUUGUGGCCCAACAAAAUGCUGAAAAGGCGGAGCGCGGCAUGCGCACGCCCACCAAACAGAUCAACAAAGAUGCCUCGCCCGUCAAGCACCUGGAGCUGGCCAAGCGUGGUCUCACCUUCGAUGAGGUCAAGACAAAGAUCUCGCGCAGUGCCAAGAUGCAGGAGCUGAAGGCGGUGCUGGCGCGCAAAGCUCAAUUGGAACAGCAACGCAAGGCGCUGGAGGAGCGCAAUCGGCGCCUGCGUGAGGCGGGUCCAUCGCCGGCCAAGGCGACCAAGAGCCUGCAGCUGAAGGAGUUCGAUACCAUCGAGCUGGAGGUGUUGACCAGUCCCUUGAAGACAUUCAAGACGCCCACCAAGGUGCAACAGCCACCGACACCGGACAAGCAUGAGUUGAUGUCGCCACGUCACACGGACGUCUCGAAGCGUCUGCUCUUCAGUCCGGCCAAGAAUGGUUCGCCAGCCAAGCUGCUGGAGCCGCCGGCCUAUAAGCGCUUCGCCACUCUGGCCGAGACGAGCAAAGCCGGCCAACUGCCGCUGCCCUACAAGCAUCGGCAUUUGCUGGAGGUGUUCAGGUGCCUGGACUCCGUGGUGGCCAUGUUUCACAAUCGCAAGGAGUGCAUCACAUUCAAGAAACUGAAGCCAGCCGUGCAGCGGAUGCUGCGCAAGAAUUUCACGGAAAUGCACCUGGCGCAGAUCAAGCAUGUCUAUCCGGAUGCCUACAUCUUCUCGCAGAUGAAGAUGCGCAACUUUGGCUCCGUCUCGAAGGCAGACUACUUCCAACUGGUGAUCAGUCCCAAUGUGGAGCAGCUGCCCGAUCAGCAGCGACUGAAUAAGAUCAACGAGGACGAUGUGCUCGCAUCGGCUCAGUCGACGUCCAUGAAUCCACAUGUCAUGACGGCGCGUGUGCAGAAAUUCCAGAGCCUGCUGCUGCAGCGGGUGCUCGAGGAGCACGACAAGUUCUUGCGCUCGCUGGAUCCACCGAUCAUCAUCGAUCGUGCCCUGACCCGUUGGCAUCCGCAAUUCGAUUUGGAGAGCUGUCGCGAGGUGGAGUUGGCGCCGCUGCCCCAGCCACCGAAUGUGGAGAAAUACUCCUCGGCCAAGGACAUUUUGUCCACCGCUCGCAAUCUCUUCAACUGCGCCACGCCCAUGGAGCGGGUCAUGGACCGGUAUGAGGCAAAGCUGGAGGCGGACAAGCAACAGACAACGGGCGAUGCCAGCACUGAGACGACUACUGCCACGCCCACGGUGAAGGAAUGUACGCCCGUGGCACCUGUUGACGCAACGUCCAAUCUAUUGAAGGGUCUGCCCAAAUCUCUCAUAGACAAAAUACGCGCUAAACAGGCGGCCAAAGCCCUGGAUGCAAUGACACGACGUCCGUCACAGGAUCAGGAAGCAACGAAAUACUCGCGCCUGCCGGAAUUGGCGCGCCAUCUGCGAAAUGUCUUUGUCACGGAACGCAAGAGUGUUCUCACCCUUGAGAUUAUUAUCAAGAAGAUUCAGAAUAGUUUCCGGGCGAAUUUAACGCCUCAAGAGAUUGAAACGCACCUGAAAUUAUUGGCCAAGGAGCUGCCGACGUGGGCAACAUUCCAUGAGGUGCGAAAAACCAUGUACCUUAAAAUUGCCAAGGAUAUGGAUAUGAAUAAGAUCAUCGAGAAAUUGGAGGAGAUUGCGAAUGAGAAGAGCAAAUAAUUACUGGAGACUUGGAGAUUACGUAAAGAAAUAAAAACAAAGCAAUUCCCAGACCCUGUGGACUAUAUCCAGCUAUACCAUUUAUAUGUAUGUUUAAGUACAACGCUUAUCUAGGCUCAAUUAAAUAAUUAGGCAAUUCUAUUAUUGUUAUUCUUACUAUUGACAUAAUUAUUAUUAUUAUUAUCAUUAACAUUAUUUGACCAAAUUAUAAAAGCAAUCACAUAUAUUUCAUCACAAUCAAUUCAUUGUCAUGUUCUUAAGCAAUUUACCAAGACACUACAAUUUAUUAAUUAAGAUACAUUGUCAUUGUAUUAAGUCCAUUAAAUAAAUGUUUUUUUCUGGCAAAGUA